GGGACUAACGUCUAGCCUCAUCACAGAAUGUCCCUUUGCAACGUUCGAGAACGUGUUGCAACUGAAUGUGGGCUUCGUAUCAAGUCACCAAAAGGUGUCGUCAUCUGCUCCGAAAAUCAAACUCCACCAGGAAUGACCCACGCUAACGAACGCACGGACAUCAGAUAUACGCACUGUCCAAUUUUCACCCCGACCUGAGUCAUUUUUGAGUCGAGCUUGGAUGUCCACAAUAUCGGGAAACGAUCUACUGGAUUUCACAUGACAAGGCAUGUGACGGGUGCUUCUGCUUUCCAAAACUGCGGCGUUUUCUUUGUGAAGAUGGUGUCUUACAAGCGGCUGAGUCCGGAGGAUGUCCAGUUCUCCAACACCGCUGCUUCAGAGGAGCCUCCUGAGGAAGUGACCGAGGUGAAGGCCCCAGAAGAAUCAGAGCGCCCUCUGCUGCCACGGAGGCCCUCCUGCUCUGCCACCACAGCCAUCAUAUCCCUGGGCUUCCUGCUCCUGAUGGCCAGUGGCAUCUGGCUGCUGGGAACCAUCUUCUGGCUCCAUGCCCCCUCCAGCAGUGCUCCCCACAUGGCCCCGCCUCCCAGGCCUUCCCCGGGGGUGGGCAAGGCCAUACCUGACCCCCAGGCCUGUGCGGGGGUCCCAGAAGCCUGGAGGUUUGACUGCUACCCCGAGAGAGGGGUCGUGGUGACGCGGGAGCUGUGCGAGGCAAGGAACUGCUGCUUCAUCCCUGCCUCCUCUCCUCCCCCGGUGAGGAACAGUGUGCCGUGGUGUUUCUACUCACCGACAUUCCCCUCCUACUCCCUGGUGUCGCUUAACCAGACGGAGCAGGGUGAGGUGGGCACCCUGGUGAGGACGGUGAAGACCUACUACCCCAAAGAUGUUCUGACCCUGCAGCUGGAGGUCCUCUACGAGACGGACCACAGGCUAAGAGUCAGGAUCAGCGACCCGUCCGCGUCGCGGUUUGAGGUGCCCAUUGCUGUGCCCAAUGCCACGGAGAAGGCCUCUAGUCCCGCCUACUCUGUGGAGCUGUCCAAAGACCCCUUCGGUCUCGUUGUGAAGAGAACGUCCUCGGGGACUGUGCUGCUCAACACGACUGUAGCUCCCCUGUUCUUCUGUGACCAGUUCCUUCAGCUGUCCAGCAGUCUGUCCAGCCAGUAUGUGUACGGCCUGGGGGAACACCGCUCUUCCUUCCUCCACGACAUCCACUGGAACACAUUGACCAUGUGGGCAAGAGACGCGGCGCCCAUGGAGCUCACUAACCUGUAUGGGGCCCAUCCAUUCUAUCUGACCAUGGAGGAGGGAGGCCGUGGAACGGCACACGGAUUCUUCCUGCUCAACAGCAACGCUAUGGAUGUGGUUCUCCAGCCAGGACCUGCUGUCACCUGGCGUACCAUCGGUGGGAUCUUGGACUUCUACGUCUUCCUGGGUCCUGACCCGGCCUCCGUGAUUGGACAGUACCUGGAGGUUGUAGGCUACCCCUCCAUGCCUGUCUAUUGGGCGCUAGGUUACCAUCUCUGUCGCUGGGGUUAUGGAUCAAGCAGCGCCACCUGGGAUGUCGUGAAGAACAUGAGGAAUUAUGGGAUUCCUCAGGACGUCCAGUGGAAUGACAUUGACUACAUGGACCAUGCCCUGGACUUCACCUUUGACCCUGCUAACUUUUCCACCCUGCCUGACAUGGUGAAGGACCUCCACAACCAUGGACAGCGCUACGUCAUGAUCCUGGACCCCGGAAUCAGCAGCGUCCAGCAAGAGGGACGGUACUGGCCGUAUGACGAAGGCCUGAAGAGAGGAGUCUUCAUCAACCACAGCGAUGGAAAGACUCUCAUUGGGAAGGUUUGGCCGGGUCAGACGGCUUUUCCAGAUUUUUCUGAUCCGGUGACCCAUGAGUGGUGGUACGACAACCUGAAGAGGUUCCAUGACCAAGUCCCCUUCGACGGCCUGUGGAUUGACAUGAACGAGCCAUCUAACUUCGUGGAUGGCUCGACAGUAGGUUGUCCUGACAACGAGCUAGAGAACCCCCCUUACACACCUGGUGUUUUGGGGGGAUUGUUGAGGGCCAAGACAGUGUGUGCCUCGGCGCUCCAGAAGACCUCGUUACACUACAACAUGCACAGUCUCUAUGGGCUACUGGAAGCCAAGGCCUCUGCCAAUGCUCUGAGGCGUAUCCUGGGGAAGAGGGCGUUUGUGAUCUCCCGCUCCACCUUCCCCAGUCAGGGCCUCUACUCUGGUCACUGGCUGGGAGACAACCGGAGUCACUGGAAGGACAUGUACACCUCCAUAGCAGGUAUGUUGACCUUUAACCUCCUGGGUGUCCCCCUGGUCGGGGCUGAUGUAUGUGGAUUCAGCGAGCAGAGCGACGAGGAGCUGUGUGUUCGCUGGACACAGCUGGGCGCCUUCUACCCUUUCUCACGCAACCACAACACCCUGGGCGAGCCGGCCCAGGACCCGACGGCGUUCAGCCCCCUGGCCCGCGCCGCCAUGAGACAGUCCCUGCUGCUCCGCUACUCCUUGUUCCCUCUCCUGUACACGCUCUUCCACCGUGCGCACACACACGGACACACUGUCGCACGGCCUCUGCUGUUCGAGUUCCCUGAAGACGUUAGGACGUAUGGUAUUGACAAACAGUUCCUGUGGGGGAGGAGUUUGUUGGUGACACCAGUGUUGGAUCCAGGGGUGGACUAUGUGGUGGGCUACUUCCCCCAGGGGCUUUGGUACGACUACUACACGGGAGAUUCUGUCCGGAGUAAAGGAGAAGAGUUGCGUCUUCAUGCUCCUCUGGACAAGAUCAAUCUCUACCUGAGAGAAGGAGCCAUCAUACCUACACAACGUCCCAACACCACCCUGUGGGUGAGCAGUGGUCAGCCUCUCCACCUGAUUUCCUGUCUGACUGAAGACGGCUCAGCCACAGGAGAACUGUUCUGGGACGACGGAGAGAGCCUUGACACUUUUGAGACCGACCAGUACGCUGAGAUCGUGUUCAGUGUGGUUAAGAACACCAUGACAUCAGAGGUGCUGCGUGACCACGUGGAGGCGUCUUACAUGACCGUGGAAACGGCCUCAAUCUACGGCGUGAAGUCAAAGCCCAGCCGGGUCACUGUGAACUCCCACGAUGCAGCGUUUAGCUACAGAGACAAUCAGGUAUUGACAGUAACAGACCUAGGAUUGAACCUCAGCCAGAACUUCACCAUCAGUUGGAUGUAAUUCCCUGAACUGGGACAUCAUGUCUUGGAAUGCUGGCGUUUUCCUCCACUGCUUCACCAUCCCUCUCUAAUGGGACCCUGUUCCCACACUGCCUAAUCAAGUGUUGGCGUUCGGAAUAGGGUGCCAUUUGUGCUAUAGAUCGAUCUGGGUACAUGUUCCGUGUACGUAAGACCAGUUCUAACCUGAACCAUGAGAUAGAAACCUCACCCCAGAUCCAGGACCAGUCCAAACAUGACCCAUUAGACUGAACCAGUUUUGGGGAGCUUCACGUUAGUCAGUAGUGGUGGUUGUACCGAAAUGUAUGUCACUAUUGUUGAUGGGUUUUUGCACUAAAUGAAGAUUGAAGUAUUGACGGUACAGUGACGUGCCUUAUGAGUGAUUUAGAUUCUGUUCUACAACCGGAAUUGGAACAUAUUUGUUCUAAACCUGUUUUAGAAUUGUUGUUCCAAAUGGUUAUAGAACUGCUUUACUUUGAAAAGGGGUGUGUAAAUGAAACACUGAAAAAUACGAAUUGUGAUGUACAUUUUUCAAGCUUUCUUUAGAUAUAUUAAGGCCUUAAUCUAAUGAGCAUGUAGUUUGAUAAUCUGAAGUGUUGGGUUCAAUGCUCAUUUUGCCUUUGGACAUUGGUUGAAAUCGCAGGAGGCUGGUGAGUGGAGAAUGGUUCAAUAAAUGUAGCGUUAUCAGACGCACAGACACUGUGACGCCGUUCCAUUAAUUCCAUUCCAGCCGUUAUUCAUCGAGCCAGUACUCCCUCCGUCCACCUGGUGUUAAAAUGGUGAAUGACUAUUUUUAGAUUUGUUUUAGAUUUAACUGCUUUAGUGAAGAAUGUUAAAGGGAAGACGUUUUCGUAGUGUUAUUUUUUGCUUGGUCAGUUUUGACAGUGCGUGCCUGUCUGGGAUCGGUAUCGUCGUCAUGGGAACUUUUCGCCCAGCAACUAGGCUGUUACGCUCUCAGCCUCAACCAAGCUGUUUUUAUCUCCAUUUGUUGUUCCGUUGAAUGGAACAUCCUUUGCCUUUUUUUGUGGUUUGUUUUGCAAUCAUUUCAAAUGAUUAAAGUUGAUUUUAAGAAUUAA